CGUCCGGGCCGGCGAGGCGAGGGAGGAGUCCCAUCCGAUCUGGGUCUGGCCGUCUUGGCGAGCAGACUCGACAGGUGGAAGAACCCCCACGCCCGGAGCGGAGGGGAGGAGAAGGAAAGGACGAGAUGACGAUCCGGUUCGUGCUGUUCGUGAACAAGCAGGGCCAGACGCGGGUGGCGCAGUACUACGAGCACCUCUCCCUCGACGAGCGCCGCGCCCUCGAGGGCGAGAUCGUCCGCAAGUGCCUCGCCCGCACAGACCAGCAGUGCUCGUUCGUGGAGCACCGGAACUACAAGGUCGUGUACAGGCGCUACGCCUCUCUCUUCUUCCUCGUCGGCGUCGACAACAAUGAGAAUGAGUUAGCUAUCCUUGAAUUCAUACAUCUUUUGGUGGAGACUAUGGAUCGCCACUUUGGCAAUGUGUGCGAGCUUGACAUCAUGUUCCACCUGGAGAAGGUGCACUUUAUGCUGGAAGAGAUGGUGAUGAAUGGUUGCAUUGUGGAGACAAGUAAACAGAACAUCUUGGCACCGAUCCAGCUUAUGGAGAAAUCUUCUUAAAGUAUUCAGUCUGUCUGGUUUUCCAUCCUCUGGAUACUAAGGCAUAAUGAUACAAGUUGUGAAUUGGUGCUGAUGCCUGAAGACAUAAAACGAAUGAACUACUGGGACUAUUUUGGUGUGAUGAUUAUUUUACAGAUAUGAGGUUGUAGAACAUGUAGAGAGUACCAUAAUAUGGUUCUUUACAUUUACUUGUCAGAAUGAAUGGAAUUGGGAUGUCAGAGUGAACUGGCAAAAGUCCCUCCCAUGAGUGAACUUAAAAGAAUUUCUGUUGACCAUGCUAAUCGGAUAGGACAGUGCUUAGGUUUUGGUAUAUUACUUCAAUUUAGCCGAA